CCUCCAAUUGCCAAUUUAUAAGGUUCGGCCAUAAAGUAAAGCCCAGGGCCCGCAAGGUAAAUCAAUCAAAGGUCUGUCGGCCUUUACUUUCCAACUGUGUUUUCAUACCUUAUCCAGGGAUGGACAGUGCCUUUCUCUGUCCAUAGAUACACUCCUUUGACAACUUCAAGUUCGUCUCUUGUUGUCUUUCAGUCGGUGUGUCUUUUUCGCAGUUCAUAAUUCUCUCGGGUCUUGCGCCCAGUCCAAUGGAGUCAUGUCCACCAGUGCACCCCCAGUCACGAAAGAUGCCGCAAUCAAGCAAGCCCAAACUUCAGUCCCGCGGACCAAGCCCAAGCCUGCAACGGUGCGCUAUCCGUUCUGGUUUGGUGGAAGUGCGGCCUCGAUGGCAGCGGUAGUGACACACCCUCUUGACCUUGUCAAAGUACGACUACAGACCAGACUGCCCGAUGCCCCUCGAACGACAGUAAGCACGAUCGCCUACAUUUUCCGCAACGAAGGAGUGCUAGGCCUGUAUGCCGGAUUAUCAGCGGCGCUUCUGCGCCAAAUGACCUACUCAACCGUUCGGUUCGGGGUAUACGAAGAUCUCAAGACACGAUUUACACCAACACCGACGCCCGACAACCCUAAGCCGAGACAAUCUCUGUUGUCCUUGAUCGCCAUGUCCAGUUUUUCGGGCUUGCUCGGUGGAAUCGCAGGAAACCCCGGCGACGUGCUGAACGUGCGCAUGCAGUCGGACAUGUCAAAACCGGUGGAGGCACGGCGGAACUACAAGCAUGCACUGGACGGUCUUGUGCGCAUGGUGCGGGAAGAAGGAGCCCUGAGUCUUUUCCGGGGCGUGGAAGCCAACGCCUCGAGAGCCCUGUUGAUGAAUGCGUCCCAACUCGCCAGUUAUGAUGCGUUCAAGCAGAUCUGUCUGCAAAAAUUGGGCAUGAGGGAUCACCUGGGCACGCAUUUUACUGCUUCGCUGCUGGCGGGGCUGGUGGCCACCACCAUCUGCUCGCCCGUCGAUGUCAUCAAAACCCGCGUCAUGAGCGCUCACCCUAAAGUGUCUGUCUUACAUCUCCUGGCCGAAGCGGGUCAGAAGGAAGGCCUGUUUUGGGUCUUUAGGGGUUGGGUCCCCAGUUUUAUUCGCCUUGGUCCCCAGACCAUCUUCACCAUGGUCUUUUUCGAACAGCAUAAACACCUGUACAGAAAGUGGAAGGGUAUUGAUGAGUAGGACCCCUGUGUCUGUAUUGAGUUUCAUGCACACAAGGCGUUCAGAGGCGUUCAGAGACGUUUGCGACUGCAUUUACUGGUUGCCAUUGUCGAGCGAGGCACGACCACAGAAGAGACGUGCCCCGUCACUAAAAGAUACUGAAAGGACUUGGAUCAAGACCAAGACACAGACACGGCUUGGGAAGUAGCAUGAGAACAGAAUCAUGCUCGUUCCGAGUCUCUCUGGAUAAUUUGAUUAAUUGUGUCUCUAACCGCGAAACACUACUGUACAGUGGGGUCUAGACCAAGAGUAAAAUGUGGCGACCCAUGCUUCCCAUUCCCAUUACCAUGAAACUCCAUCCCAAUCCUGGAUAUGUCCAUAAUCGUAAUUUGUGUUCGCAUCCCAUGCCAGACAGACUGGAACAGGGGCCGC